UGCCCCGACUCCCGGCGUGCCCCGCGCGCGGCGGGCCGGAAGCAGGCGUGGCGCCCCGAGAGUGCGCGGCGCGCUGGGCGGGACUUCCGGCCGGCCUCCCGGACAUGAAGCCCCCUGAAGCCUGAGGCGGGACUUGGAAAAGCCCACCAUGUGGCUGCCCCUGCAACUGCUCUGGCUUGCUCUGGCCUGCGCCUGUGUGCACGCUACCCUGUCCAAGUCAGAUGCCAAGAAGGCAGCCCAGAAGACACUGAGUGAGAAGACACACUUGUCCGAGAGGCCUGUCCAGGAGCGAGGGCUGGUGGUGACAGAUCCCAGCGCCGAGGACGUGGUGCUGGAACAUCGCAGCUACUGUGCGGCCCAGGCCCGGGAGAGACACUUUGCUGGGGAGGUCCUGGGCUAUGUCACCCCGUGGAACAGCCAUGGCUACGAAAUCGCCAAGGUCUUCGGGAGCAAGUUUACGCAGAUCUCACCAGUCUGGCUGCAGCUCAAGAGACGUGGCCGCGAGAUGUUUGAGGUCACAGGCCUGCACGACGUGGACCAAGGGUGGAUGCGAGCUGUGCGGAAGCCUGCCAAGAACCUGCGCAUCGUGCCUCGGCUGCUGUUUGAAGACUGGACUUUGGACGACUUCCGCAGUGUCCUGGACAGUGAGGACGAGGUGGAGGAGCUCAGUAAGACUGUGGUCCAGGUGGCCAAGGGUCAGCACUUUGAUGGCUUUGUGGUGGAGGUGUGGAGCCAGCUGCUGAGCCAGAAGCACGAAGGCCUCAUCCACAUGCUGACCCACGUGGCCGAGGCGCUGCGCCAGGCCCGGCUGCUGUGCAUCCUGGUCAUCCCGCCUGCAGUCACUCCCGGGACUGACCGGCUGGGCACAUUCACACACAAGGAGUUUGAGCAGCUGGCCCCUGUGAUGGAUGGCUUCAGUCUCAUGACCUAUGACUUCUCUGCCUCAUCACAGCACCCUGGCCCCAAUGCCCCACUGUCCUGGGUUCGAGCUUGUGUGCAAGUCUUGGACCCCCAGUCAAAAUGGCGGAGCAAGAUCCUGCUGGGGCUCAACUUCUACGGCAUGGACUACGCAGCCGCCAAGGAUGCCCGGGAGCCCGUCGUGGGGGCCAGGUACAUCCAGACCCUGAAGGAACACAAGCCCCGGCUAAUGUGGGACAGCCAGGCGGCAGAGCACUUUUUCCAGUACAAGAGGAGCCGAGGUGGACGGCAUGUCGUCUUCUACCCCACCCUACAGUCCCUGCAGGUGCGGCUGGAGCUGGCCCAGGAGCUGGGCGUCGGUGUGUCCAUCUGGGAGCUGGGCCAAGGUCUGGACUACUUCUACGACCUGCUCUAGGGCAGGCCCAUGGGGACGUGCACUCUCCCAAGCCAUGGAACAAUCGGUGCAAAAUACAGGCGUGUGCUCUGUGCCGUGA